AUGAUUAAAUACAAGCGUGAAUUAUUUAGAACUCAGAUUAGAUAAUAGUUUCAUUAAAGUGUUUUCAAAUAAAAAAGAAUCUUAGCCAAUGCGUAGGUAUAAUAAGCAUACUCAUUCGAUCAAUUAAUUGACAUGAUAGCAAACCCCAGAAUAAUUACAUAAGACCAUUUGAAAGAAUUGAAUUCCUCCUUACUUUAUUGUAUUAAUUAAAAACUAUCAAAUGAACAAAUUUAGCUAAUUGAGAGCAAUGUUGAUAAUUUACUUUCGCUUUUAAUGUAUUAGAUUACAAAUAAAAAUACUUUAAUUUUGGAGUCAUUGACAAUAUUUAUCAAUUUGACAUUUUUUUCAGAUGAAAUUUAAGAUAAGUUACUCAGUAAUAGUUAUGCAAACUUCAAUAUUCUGUAAGUUAUAUCAGGGUUGAUAUCCAAUGGAACUGAAGUUAGAACUGCCUUAGAGUUAUUAAUAAAUGUUUGGUGUAAUUCCAAUUCCUAAAAACUUGAAUAAUUAGAUCUCAUUAUUGCUAUUAAUGAUCUUACUCAUAAUUCUAUUUCGAAAAAUGAAAAUCAAACUAUUUUAUUAAUCUCAAAAUGUCUAAAAAAUUUUGUAAGCUGCAUAUGUGAUGAUUUUUUACUUUUUGAUUGUGAUUACCUUGUGAAACUGAUAAAGAAACUAUUAAAUUAUGGAUUAAAAGAAAAACCGUAGUUUAUAUCUGAUUAGAUUGAGAUUUACUGUAUCGCAGUAUAGAAAUUAAAUUUAAACUUUUUGCAAUAAGAUUAUGACUUAAUACUAAAUUUGAUUAAUUUAAGCUUGGGAUGUAUAUCACUAGUAGAAUUAAUUACUAAGUUGUUAUCCUACUUUUGCAUUAAUGAAACAGAGAGUUUUUAUGAGUUAUUAUAAAAUCAUGUUAUUGAGUAUUCGAAAUAGAUUAUCAGACUAAAUAACAAUGAAGUAAUUCCUUCAAUUCUCAAUUUAUUAAGCAUAAUAUUUUAUUAAUUGUCACAAACGUUCAAUAACCUAUUAUAACCUUUUUAUGAUGAUAAUGUUAUUCUCAAAGAAAUUAUUAGAUUAAGUGAAGGCUGCUACCCUAAAAAGGUAAGAGAAGCUUCCAUACGUUGUAUUAAGAUUUUAAUUGAAAGUUCAAAUGAAUUAUAAAUUUAAAAUUUAGUUGAUUUGGAAACUCAUAUCAUUUUAAUAGACUUAUUAAAAGACUUUUCUCUUGAUUCAUUUUCUACCUUAUUUACUUUAUAAUCAUUAAAUAAUUUAUUAAGCGUGUUUAGUGUUCAAGCAUUCCAAAUGGAUUAUCCACAUCAUCUUAUGCAAUAUGCUUUGUCAAAUAAUUAAGAGAUUGCGGAUGAAGCUAAUUAAAUAUUACUAAAAUUUGAAGAUGAUUUUCAUAAUAUAUGUUAGUGA